GAAUUUUUUUUUGAAAUUUCUUGGUAAACCUAAAUUAGUCGUAAAUAACUCUUCCGCAUCCCGUGAUCCUAGAAAGCCUAGAAUAAAGUCCGUAUUUUUUCCUUCCAUGUUGGUAACUCCCGUCUUUUUAGAAAAGACCCUAUAAUUUACGGUGAAGCAGUCAUAAACAAAGGACAAAAUCAGUUCUUUUGGUGAAGCAAUUGCUCAGUUUCCAUUCAUUAUAGUUUAGCGGCGAUGGUCACGAAUUUCAGGUUUGCAAUUAGUUUCUCUGAGAUCGGGUCUUCAUUAAUAAAAAAUUUAAAAUUAAAUCUCAGUUGCUGUUGUUUGUUUUUGCAUUUUAUUGAAACAAUGGAGCUUUCUAAAUUCUAAUUAAAAAAAACCUAGAGCAGAACCAGUUGUCUAGGAGAUGGUUUAUUGCUUCUCUAAAUCAGCACUACCUAAACCAGUUGUCCACUUAAUUUAAGGAGAAGCUUUCAAGCUGUUAAUCCUGGAGCAGGUGAAGGUAUGAGUGCUGCUGAUCUAGUGUGUCCCAAAUGGUUGAGGGACGGUGGUAAUGAAGACAUAUUGUUGGAAAUACUAGCUAGGCUACCAAAUAGUCGAAAUGCAAUUCAUGCCAGCUUGGUGUCUCACCUUUGGCAUUCCAUCAUCUCUCAGCAGCAGUUUAUUCCCAGGUUUAUAGGCCUCCGGGAGCAAAAGAAGAAACAGCAGCCUUAUUCCAUCAUAUUCCGCAUAGUAGAUGUUUAUCAGUAUGUUGCAGAUGAGUAUUAUCAGCCCAUCUGCAAACUAUUUUCGGAAGAAUCUGUGGUUCUCCAUGGGGGAAGGAAGGAGGAGACAGUGACAUCAUGUAGAAGUUAUCCUCCUUCUGGCGGCAGUGGCGGCGUCCAGCCACCUUCACCCAACAUGGUCAUAAGAGCAUCUUGCGGUGACUUGCUGCUGUUGUCGCAAAGUGCACGCCACUAUAGGUGUAAGCCGAACUCCUACUAUCUAUGUAACCCAGUAACCAAACAGUGGUUCCAUCUCCCCCAUGUUGAUUUCAAUGGGUUCUUGAUGGGGUUUGCAAUAGUACGCAUGCCGCCGCCUGCCCAUAACAGCCAUGGCAGUUAUGAAUACAAGGUGGCAUUCAUUCAUUAUCCUAUAUAUUAUGAAGAUGAGUAUUUUGCUGGGGACAGUUGGGAGUUCAGAAUGUCAAUUUAUUGUUCAAAAUCAAGACAAUGGAUUGUUGAAUCAUGGUUUCGAUAUCCUAUACCUACUUCCCGCAGGUGUGCUAGGUCUUUCAUUAACCCAGUCACUUGUAAUGGAACUAUUUAUUGGUUAAAUUGCAGUAAGUUUCCUGACUACGUCAUUGCCUGUGAUUUGGCAAACAACCCCCACUCUACUACCUUUAUACACCUACCCGAAGGCUCUAUGCCUGGUGGUGGGGGUGUUGUUUCGCUAGAGUUGGGCGCUGUCCUGGGGGAACUGAGAAUAUUCAACGUAUUCCACCCGCCACCGGGUGACCAGCAGCAGCCUCGGCAUCUCGUUGUUAAAGUUUGGGAGUUGAAUCACAGAACCAAUUCUUGGACUCUCGUUCAUGACACACACUUCAAUGAUAGGCCGCCGCCUCCUAAUGGCAUCCAAGUAGAAGGAAACAAGUUCAACAUCCGUACAGUUGCUUUCCAUCCACACGAUGGGGACGUGGUCUUUUUGGUAUGCGGCUGUGGUGUUUUCCAGUAUCACAUUUCACAGGGUGUGUAUGAGAAAGUAGAUGAGCUCUGUAGUGUUUUUCGGUAUCACAUUUCACAGGGUGGUGUGUAUGAGAAAGUCGACGAGCUCCUCCAUUCUGUGCCUCCAAACGAGCUUCUUACAUCCUUCACUCUCCUCCACUCUAUCUGGCCCACCACCAUGUUGCUCUCUCCUUCCGAUUAGAAUAGUAAUUGCUAUAUUUGACUCUCUGUUACUGUGUGCACACUCACAUACUGCAUAUGUUAUUGUGAAACAGUGAUGAACUUUAUUGGUUUGGGAUUGUGAUCUUGACCAUGAUAAUUGUCAACAUUUGCCCCCUUUGUCCUUGCAUUUGUUUGUUCCCCUCCCACCGCUCCGUUUUUCUUGUGCUCACUCUUUAAUUUGCUAUAUUUGUAUCCAAUGUUGAAAAUAUC